AUCCAUCAUCACCAUACCUUCCGCAAACCGCAUCUGAGAGAUACUGCCUCCUAAAUCGACCUUAUUCUCAGCCAUGGCAAGUGUAAGGCACAAAAAGUCCGCAGUCACAAAUUCUCCGAGUUGACCCAGUCGCUAGCAUGGCGUGCCUCGCACCGCCACGCGCGAGGAACGGACGGUAGAGGCACGGCAGAAGGAGUUGCAAGAAAUCACUCAAUAUCAAGAGCUUGUUGAAGAAGUUAAUGCUAAGGUUUCUGCCAGCGAAUUUACCCCUGCAUUGCUCCAACAAACAGCCCAGUUGCUUAAGAGGAAUCCGGAGUACUAUACCAUCUGGAAUCAUCGCCGCCGCGUCUAUGUCAGCGAAUUCGAGGAUCUUGCAAGACAGACCGCCUGCGGUCAAAUGGACGAAGAGACUCGAGUCAGCCAGGUGCUGGAUAUCAUCCAGCUGGACUUGCAAUUUUUGUUUCCUCUACUUCUCAAAUUCCCGAAGUGCUACUGGAUAUGGAACCAUAGAUUGUGGCUCCUCGAGCAGUCUACGGCUCUGCUCCCCUCUCCGAAAGCGCGAGGGAUAUGGGAGGAGGAGCUUGUAUUGGUAGGCAAGAUGCUCAGUCGGGAUAGCCGAAACUUCCACGGUUGGGGCUAUCGACGAACAGUGGUGGAUAGCCUCGAGAGCCCAGCUUUACGGGGACAAAGUAUGGCGAGACAGGAGUUGGAAUAUACCAAGAAGAUGAUAGGAACCAAUCUGUCGAACUUCUCAGCCUGGCACAACCGGACGAAGCUCAUCCUCAAAAUCUUGGACGAGGAGAAGGCCACAGAUGAUGAAAGACGAAAGAUGCUGGACGAAGAACUCGAACUGAUACACAAGGCUCUAUUUGACCCCUACGACCAAUCGCUUUGGUUCUAUCACCAGAAUCUGAUGUGCACCUUUGAUAUUGAACAAUCGUUGCGGAGUAUGGCACCGAACCUCUCGGAUGAGCAGCGGCUGGAAUACAUCGCAUCGGAGCGGGAGUACAUUGAAGAAGUUCUGGAGGACGCCCAGGAUUGCAAGUGGCCAUACCAAGCGUUGAUCGAGUGUACAAUGCUGGAAAGCAAACUAAAGACCGGAUUAGAAGACGAGGACCGAGAAAAGGUGGCCCAGUGGUUGGCCAACCUCAAGAGCCUCGAUCCUCUCAGGAGAGGCAGGUGGAUUGAUAUGGAGCAGCAGCUUGGCAAGCAACAAAGGCGGCGUUGAAGUGAUGAGGCCCCUGACAAGCUGGUACCAACUGAAGUCGAAUCUACAAUAUGAUAUGGGAGAAGGAAGACCCGUCAGUGGUGCGUAACUCGUCCUUUGUAAAGGUUAAUGACUCCAAAGCUAUGCGGGUGACGAGUCCCUGGUACAGGUGAAACAAGCCCCAUUGCAUCGGGAGCCGCAAGGACUUUGCAGGCUGCAAGCCCCCUUUAUGGCACAGCCAAACAACGGCGUGAUGGGGCUUGAUCAAAGGGGCAAGGCAACGGACAUGCGAGGAAAUGGGGCUCACUAGGUUAAAUGCUUGAUGCUAAACAC